AACCCGGUUGCUUAUUAUGACGUCAGUCGUCCUUUCAAGUUCAAUCGCCAUUCGUGGGAAAGCCGUUCAGUACUAACCUAGGAACGUAAGAUCAAAUUAAAAUUAAAAAUGCCUGAAGUUCCUGAUGGAGAUGUUGAAAAGGGCAAGAAAAUAUUUAUCCAAAGAUGUGCCCAAUGUCACACUGUAGAAAAGAAUGGUAAACACAAGACUGGUCCUAAUCUCAAUGGUUUAAUCGGACGAAAAACUGGUCAAGCUCCCGGAUUUACAUACACAGCUGCUAAUCAAGCUAAAGGAAUUACAUGGGGCAAAGACACUUUAUUUGAAUAUCUUGAGAACCCUAAAAAAUAUAUCCCUGGAACAAAGAUGGUUUUUGCUGGAUUGAAGAAACCACAAGAACGAGGCCAUUUGAUAGCUUAUUUAAUUGAUUCUACUAAGUGACCUCAUUCUCAUCUAGGAAAUUUAUAAAUAGACAAAAUUAUAAAAAAAAAAGAACAAAAAAAAAGCAUUCAAAUGUAAAAACAAUUUGUACAAAACUGUACUGUGUACAAGAUCAUUUAUCUAUCAUGUGGUUAAUUUAACCAGCGUGUAGAAUAUAACAACCCACACUUUAUCAGUUAAUGGGUAGACCUCAUUAUACAUUAGUUUGGAAAUUUCUAUUAUAUUAAUAUAUUGUUCUUCUAUAAUGUAAGGAUUUUAAUUUAUGGGUGUUGUAUUGACUUGCUGCAAAUAUAGAAUAAAGUUAUAUGGUUUUAAACUAA